CAUCGAGCCGCCCCGCCCCUCUCUGCGAGUCGCACGCGCGGAAGUAAACAGCCCUACGUCAUCAGGGCGCGUCUUCGCCUUUCCCCUCCCAUCUCCUCAGAUCGCUGGACGUGCUCACCUUCGCUCGUGACCAGGUCUAUGUCCCGGUUUCCUGCUGUCGCGGGCCGGGCGCCAAGGCGGCAGGAGGAGGGCGAGCGGUCAAGAGAGCUCCAGGAAGAGCGGCCGGCGGCUGUUUCCAUCGUUGAUAGAGAGGAGAAAGGAUGCACAUCGCAAGAGGGAGGAACUACUCCAACUUUUCCUAUUCAGAAACAAAGAAAAAAGCUUAUUCAAGCUGUGAGGGACAAUUCAUUUCUUAUUGUUACUGGAAAUACAGGAAGUGGUAAAACAACUCAACUUCCAAAAUAUUUAUAUGAAGCAGGGUUUUCACAGCAUGGUAUGAUUGGUGUGACUCAGCCACGGAAAGUAGCUGCUAUAUCAGUUGCUCAGAGGGUUGCUGAAGAAAUGAAAUGCACUUUGGGAUCCAAAGUAGGAUACCAAGUUCGUUUUGAUGAUUGCAGCUCCAAGGAAACAGCAAUCAAAUACAUGACUGAUGGAUGUUUACUGAAACAUAUUUUGGGAGAUCCAAAUCUUACCAAAUUCAGUGUUAUUAUUUUGGAUGAAGCCCAUGAAAGAACUCUAACUACAGAUAUCUUAUUUGGUUUAUUGAAGAAGCUGUUUCAGGAUAAGUCUCCUAACAGGAAGGAGCAUUUGAAGGUGGUGGUAAUGUCAGCAACUAUGGAAUUAGCCAAGCUCUCUGCGUUCUUUGGAAAUUGUCCAAUAUUUGAUAUACCUGGAAGGCUUUAUCCAGUCAGAGAGAAAUUCUGCAAUUUGAUUGGCCCACGAGACAGAGAAAAUACUGCAUAUAUUCAGGCGAUUGUGAAAGUGACCAUGGAUAUCCAUUUGAAUGAAAUGGCUGGAGACAUCUUGGUUUUUCUGACUGGCCAAUUUGAAAUAGAAAAAAGUUGUGAGUUACUUUUUCAAAUGGCAGAGUCUGUUGAUUAUGACUAUGAUGUUCAGGAUACUACUCUAGAUGGCUUGUUGAUAUUGCCAUGUUAUGGAUCUAUGACAACAGAUCAACAAAGGAGAAUAUUUUUGCCACCUCCACCUGGAAUUAGAAAAUGUGUAAUAUCCACCAAUAUUUCUGCAACAUCUUUGACAAUAGAUGGGAUCAGGUAUGUGGUAGACGGUGGCUUUGUGAAGCAGUUAAAUCAUAACCCCAGGUUAGGGCUGGACAUCCUGGAAGUGGUUCCAAUUUCAAAGAGUGAGGCAUUACAACGAAGUGGCCGAGCUGGCAGGACUGCCUCAGGAAAAUGUUUUCGGAUUUAUAGUAAAGAUUUUUGGAACCAGUGUAUGCCUGAUCAUGUGAUCCCUGAGAUUAAGAGAACUAGUUUGACAUCUGUAGUUCUGACCUUAAAGUGCCUUGCCAUACAUGAUGUUAUAAGGUUUCCCUACUUGGAUCCACCUAAUGAGAGACUGAUUUUGGAAGCUCUUAAGCAACUUUACCAGUGUGAUGCUAUUGACAGGAGUGGCCAUGUGACAAGACUGGGUUUAUCUAUGGUGGAGUUUCCUCUCCCUCCACAUCUGACAUGUGCAGUAAUCAAGGCUGCUUCUCUUGAUUGUGAAGAUUUACUCCUUCCCAUAGCAGCAAUGUUGUCUGUGGAAAAUGUCUUCAUUAGACCUGUUGAUCCAGAGUACCAGAAGGAAGCAGAACAGAGGCAUCGGGAAUUAGCAGCUAAAGCUGGAGGAUUUAAUGACUUUGCUACUUUAGCUGUCAUCUUUGAACAGUGCAAAUCAAGUGGAGCUCCAGCUUCAUGGUGCCAAAAACAUUGGAUUCAUUGGAGGUGCUUAUUUUCUGCAUUUCGUGUAGAAGCUCAGCUUCGAGAACUAAUCAGGAAGCUUAAGCAGCAAAGUGACUUCCCAAGAGAGACUUUUGAAGGCCCUAAACACGAAGUACUACGAAGAUGCCUUUGUGCAGGCUACUUCAAAAAUGUAGCUCGAAGAUCUGUUGGGAGAACAUUUUGCACAAUGGAUGGGCGUGGAAGCCCAGUUCACAUUCAUCCUUCCUCAGCACUUCAUGAACAGGAAACCAAACUUGAAUGGAUCAUUUUUCAUGAGGUAUUAGUUACCACCAAAGUCUACGCAAGAAUUGUGUGUCCAAUCCGUUAUGAAUGGGUGAGAGACUUGUUACCCAAGUUGCAUGAAUUUAAUGCACAUGAUUUGAGCAGUGUGGCUCGACGUGAAGUGAGAGAAGAUGCAAGAAGAAGAUGGACAAAUAAAGAAAAUGUGAAGCAGUUAAAGGAUGGAAUAUCAAAAGAAGUCUUAAAGAAAAUGCAAAGAAGAAAUGAUGACAAAUCCAUAUCAGAUGCACGGGCUCGUUUCCUUGAGAGAAAGCAGCAGAGGACCCAGGACCACAGUGAUACACUGAAGGAAACAGGCUAAGCAGUGAACCCUCCAAUUCAGGAAGUAGGAAAAGCAGCCAGAAAAUAUGCUUCUACCUUGCCAGUUAUUUCAGAUAGUACUACCAAGAGGGAGUGGUCAGCAGCUAUUACUAGCCUCUGAGCUAAAAGCAAAUCAGAGCUCAUCAAUACCAACAAAUGGAAUUUUGAAAGAAAAGAUUGGGUUGCAUAGUCACAUGCAAGGACACAUGAAACCAAUGAAAGACAAUACAUGUAAUAUUUUCCUCAAUCUUGCUGGCCUUAACUGGUAUCAAACGCUGUCAAUUGAGAUAUUUUUUUCAAAGAACAUUGAAUUGUAUUUAAUCAGCGUGUAUUCCAUUUGCAUUGAGGCAUUAAAAAUUAUUUUCCUUAAAUCUCUUUAAGGCCUUCUUGUUGCUAUUAGAAUAGUAUAUCAGGUACGUGACCAUUUCCUUCAGAAGGCUGAACUUACAUAAGAGGUUUUUUACUCAGCAAUACUUACCUGUUUAACCAUUUAAUUGCUACAGAGCUUUAUAGAUAUUUAGAGGAGAGAAUCAGUUAAUAAAUAAAAUUGCCUAUGACAGGGUUCUUUCUUGAAUUAAUGCUAAUCCUUAAAUUGAUUUUUCUGGGAUUAUAUAAAUUCCUUUUUAUAUAAAAGUAUAUUGUUUAAAACAGUAGUUAUAGCCAUUAACCAAAGGACAGAUGAUAAAUAUAUAUAUAUAUAUAUAUAUAUACACACACACACAUACAUAUAUGUUCUUUUUUAGCUGUUCCUACAUAUUUGUAUCAGCACCAUGUAUGUAGGUGUGACAGUGCUUUCAAGCAGCCCCUCCACCUGACCUACUCUUCUCCAGCUGCUUGAGUAGGACCAAUUAAAUAUCUGUGAUGCUAAUCUUGAGAUGGGAUUUUCAAAGCAGCCAAUACUACUUCACUAGUGUUUCACAUGGGAACCUUGAGGUUAGUUAGUAUUACACUCAGGCCACACUCAGCACUUGCUACUCUUGUUUACUGCCUUGUAUUGUAGUUAUUUGUGUAUGUCUGUCUCCCUCACUAGAUUAUACGCUCCUUGUGGGCAGGGACUAUGUCUUUUUCAUCUUUGUAUCUUUCACGGCACCUAGCAUAGUGCUUUUUGCACAUAGUAGUCACUCGAUGUUUGUUAAAUAAAGCUGUUAGUGUCAUUAAAACUCAUAAGAUAGUA